UAGCGAGAAGCCCGCGGCGCGGUCCCGAGCGGCGUGCCAUGAGGCCGGAGCGCGUCCCCGGGAUCCGCAGCACGCAGCCCUGAUCCCGCCCCGCUGACGAGCUGCCGGUUGCCCGAUAUGGCAACGGAGUCCACAAUCCCCAUUUGGCAGAACAAACCCCACGGCUCGGCGCGCAGCGUCGUCAGGAGGAUUGGAUCCAACCUCCCUUUAAAGCCCUGUCCCAGAGCCACCUUUGAGGUUCUACCUAAUGUUUCAGAGCUCUAUUUAAAUGAUGCCCCUCCUGUCCCCACCCUGGCAGACAUUGGGUGGAUAGCAGCAGAUGAUGAAGAAACGUAUGCCCGAGUCAGAAGCGACACUCGCCCUCUGAAACACAAAUGGAAACCGAGUCCCUUCACGGUCAUACAGCGAAAUGCUUCCGUCCCCAACCUGAGGAAGCAGGAAGAGAAGCUGCUGGCCUUGAAGAAGCCUGGUUUACCUGCACUGAGCCGAACGACGGAGCUCCAGGAUGAGCUGAGUCACCUUCGGAGUCAGAUAGCUAAAAUUGUCGCUGCGGGGCCAGCUUCUGCUUCCUUCACCCCUGAUGUAUUGUCUCCAGGAAGUUCAAAUGCAUCUUCUCCUUUGCAUUGUUUUGGACCCUCUUUCCAAUCCACGACAUCCUUUGUCAUCAGUGACAUCACAGAGGAGGAGGCAGAACUCGAGAGCCCCGAGCUUCCCUCAGUCUCCAUGCUCUGUUCUGCAUCUGAGUGCUACAAAGCAGAACCAAAGGAUCCCGAUGAGGAGGAUUCUAUGUCUCUGUCCAAGGCCAGCAGUUUUGCAGACAUGAUGGGCAUUCUAAAAGACAUUCAUAGGAUGAAGCAGAGCAAAGACUUAAACCGAAGUUCUGCGAAGGAGGAAGACCCUGCUGUUCUGAUAGCAGAAGUCUUGAGAAGAAAAUUUGCCCUAAAGGAGGAAGAUCUGACUCUGAAGGAGAAAUGAUGUUACGGUCAUUCGGCUCCGUAAGCAAAAGUGUUAAGCUCACAAAAUUUCCUCUACAGUAGCUGCCUUCCUAAGGAUUGAACCUUUUGCCACUUUUAUUUAUUAGGAAUUUUCUGCACUGGACACUUAAGAAAGACCCUCUGGAUCUGACAUGUUUUCCAGGUGUUGUUACAUUUAAGAGAAAAAACCCCUUUUUAAGAUGGAAGUUCCUUUUCCUCUGUAUUUUGGUGUUGAUGACUGGCUAAGGAUCUUCUACAGAGUGCAGUGAGUGCUGCUGGAUGAUGCUCUUUCUGUCUACUCAAAGUCACAUUAAAACUUACUUUUUUUGUUGCAAUAUAAAUGAUCACCAUUUCCACAGAGGUCACACGUGCAAUUCUUCCUGUUUGGAGCGUGGUGCAGAGCUGCUGAGAAGGCUGAGCAAUGCUUCCCAGGUCUUCUGUGCUUGGCAGGCUGUGGGUUCACAGUGCUGAAGGAUGUCUUCCUGAUAACUUUGCCUAACCUGAUGGGAGAAUCAAAUGGAAGGAAGUGAUGAAACCCUGCAGUCGCAUCCGAAGGCUGCUGGCUGGUUUUGCUCUCUCCUGGGUAUUUCUUAGCUCACUAAUUAUCAUGAUUGCAUGACAGAAUGGCCUUUGUUUCUUGCCAUAAAUUUAAGACUUCAUGGAUGGA